AUGUUGGCUUCUGUUGUUAUUUUCUUCGUUUCAGUAUUUCUUCGAUCUACUAGAGGGGCGAUUGAUUAUCCACAAGAAAACUAUACAUAUGGCGAGGAAAUUGUUGAUUAUGGUUGCCAUCAAACUAAUCAAAAAUGCGGUAUAAAUAUGAUAUUUAAAACCGUUUCGAAAACGCUUCAUGUUGAAUAUUCAUAUCCGAUCAACAAAUGCAUACAACAAUGUGUAUGUGUAAACAGUAAAUAUAGUGGAAAUGGUACGAAAUGUGUCAAAAAGACAUUUCUUAAGCACCCAGAAGUAAAGAAAAUAACCGAGACUUUUCUUCAACCUACUAGUGGUGAGAGUGAUUAUUCACAUAGAAACUAUACAUACGGCAAGGAAAUUGUUGAUUAUGGUUGCCGUGAAACUAAUCAAAAAUGCGGUAUAAAUAUGAUAUUUAAAACCGUUUCGGAAAAGCUUGUUUUUCCGUAUUCAUAUCCAGUCUUUCGAUGCAUUCAGCGAUGUAUAUGUGCAAAUAAUAAUUAUAUUGAAAAUGGCAAAUAUUGUAUCAAAAAAGAAUUUCUUUAUCACCAAACUAUAACCGAAAAAUUUGAUUCGAAUGACUACUAUUCAAAUUCAACUACUAUUCACCAAAAUUCUACACAAAUCGACGGUAUUCUAAAUGAAAAUCUUCCGAACGACCAAUCUUUUUUCUGCACGAAACUCCUUGGCCAACGAUGUGGUACAAAUAUGAUAUUCAAAGAAAUUCAACCGAAUUCACUGUCUGAGAGUUUAGCUUCGAACAGCGAAAUUUGUUGGCUGCGAUGUCAAUGCGAAAAUGCAAAUUAUAUUAGAAAAGGUGAAAAAUGUGUUGAAAUUCAGCAACAACAAACAAAUAAUCCGACGACUCUUGGACUAGCGAAAAACUCGACGACUAUUUCGAGCCACAAUCCCAGUUCGGUGACAUAUAACUUUAAUUCUACAAGCGAGAUUGCUAAUAGUACCAAUUCCGAGAAAUUCGUGUGUUUGACGAUGAAAGGACAUAAAUGUGGAAUCCAUAUGAUAUUCAACGAAAUACAGCCAAGUGAUUCAUCUGAAAGCAUUUCUUCUGACGAUGGAAUUUGUUGGUUGAGGUGCAAAUAUAUUAGAGAAGACGAUGAAUUUUUUAAAAUCGAUGAAUAUACAGAUUCAACAAGAUUGUCUACGAUGGACUUUCAACCAGCAGAAAGUCCGGUAAAUUUUUGA